AUGAAGGAUGUUAAAGCCGAGUAUGAUCGUGCUUUCGAAUAUUAUGAAAGAAGUCUAAAGCUAAGAGAAAAAUGUUUGCCAGCUGAUCAUCCACAUAUUGCUACCAGUCUGAAUAAUAUUGCUAGUGCUUAUUGUGCUAAAGGCGGAUAUGAUCGUGCUUUCGAAUGGCAUGAGAGAAGUCUGGUUUUACGUUCAAAAUUAAUUUCAAAACAAAUGAAUGUAAUGGAUGAACAAAGUGAAAAGUAUUAUAAUUUACCUUCUGAUGAACAAAAAUUAUUAGUUAAAUCAUAUAAAAAUUUAAAAUGUUAUGGUAAAUACAGUCGUAAUGAUUAUUUAGAAAUUUUCCAGAAAAAAGAAAUUGAAGAAUGUUAA